CUGCCACAGGAACAUCGAUUCAACAUAGUGAAGAAAAAACCAAAAACUUAGAGAGGCUCUGCUAAAACCAAAAGAAGUAGUUAUUAAAUGCAGGACACAUAUUAGAAGGAUUUUUCCCACAUAAAAGCAGGAAAUGACAAAGCAGACUAGAUGACUAAAGAGACUGCAGAAGACGACUUGAUCUUUAGUGAUGGAAGUGGAAUCAAAAAUGGGAAGUUGUAUGUUUUCCAAACUAACAACCUUAUUUCAGACCAAGAGAGGGUAUCCCGGAGGAGAAGAACUAACCGGGUGGCCAGGGAUGAGACUGGUUUGUAUCGGCAUGAAAUUGAUGGACGCCCAGUCCUGUCGGCAACUAAAUUGAAGACUCCAAUUCGGGAGGCAUGGUUUUUUUCAUCUGCAAUUCGAGGUAAGCUCGAACCAACGUAUCAGAGGCUUAUAUCAAAAACUCAGAUGGUGAUGGCCUGAGUUUGUAACGAUCAAAAGCCGAAGUGGUGCCACAACCGGCCUCGGCCCAACUUGCUGAACUGGUGGGGUUAACAGAAGCAUGCCUGCUCGCAGAAGGGAAAAGAGUGACAGUCUACACAGAUUCGGCAUAUGCGCAUAGCGUGUGCCACCUGUUCGGUGCUGUGUGGAGGAAUCGGGGGUUCAAGAAGACUGACGGUUCCCCCAUCCAGCAUCAUGCGCAGAUAAUGAAGCUGCUGGUGGCCAUGAUGAAACCUAGAGAAAUAGCCAUUGCAAAAUGUGCUGCCCACAAGUCCGAUGCAUCCAGAGUCACGCAGGGAAAUAGAGUGGCGGACGAAGCAGCCAGGGCUGUCACGAAAGGCAGCCAGAAAGGGAAAGUUUUGUUGGUUACGCAUGAGGUCGAUCUCGAAGACAGGGUCACACUCAGAGAUGUAAUCUUAAUGCAGGCAGCCGUUAACCCGAUGGAUAAACACCUUUGGGAGCAAAGGGGGGCGAGUCAAGACCCUACUGGACUGUGGAGAAAUCACGAAGGGCUGGUAGUGGCGCCGCCGGAUUUGCUGGGACUAUUAAUCCAAGAGGCACAUGGGUUGGCCCAUGUGUCAAGGGGGGAGGCAGAAACAAGAAGAAACACAAGAGAGACGCGAAGCAAAUACUAAAGACACGGUUCAGCCAGGAGACAAGGUGUAUGUGAAAGUGUUCCGCCGCAAGUGGUACAACGAAAGACGGCAGGGGCCAUUUGAAGUUGUCCGCUGUACCGGAACAGCGGUGCAAGUGAAAGGGUCGCCGACCUGGUACCAUCUGACACACUGCGUCAAGGUGCCCAAAGAUGGAGAACCCCAAAGGGGGAGUCGCGGCUGCGAGAACUCCGAACAACUGCCAGUACAAGAGCCGCCCAGGGGCCCAGAUCGGGAGGAAGACGGGCAAGGUCGAACUGUGGUGGAUAACGUGUCUGCUGUAUCUGUUCCUGAGGACAUCGGGGGCGACACAGCCGACGAUCGAGGAAGCCGACAGUUCGACAAUGUCAAUCUCGACAACGCGCCCUCCCCAGAUACAGGUGACCCUCCCCAACACAGCGACACCGAGCCAACUACCACCGGAGAUGGUGUCCCCAAGGGACACGGUCACCCAACAGGACCCAGUGACGGACGCCCAGUCCGCCACAGAGUCCGGUCGCAGCGUUACAUCGAGCAAUGUUGAGGGAGUGUUGGGAAGUGCUGUCAUACUGCCAUGUAGUUGCGCAAGGGCAGGAAGGUCCCUGUGCAGACACACAGCCAAAUGGGAAGACAACACCGGUAACACCCUUGCCCUGGCCCAGCGAACAUAUGGGGACAAUGUACUGUUACUAAAUACAUAUAGGCGAUUUGAGGUGUUAGGAGAUUGCGCUCUAUUUCUGACAAAAAUUGGCAUGAGUGAUUUCGGAAACUAUACGUGUACCUGUUUCAAAAUGG